AGUCAUUGACUUUGACCAUGUUCUCUGUAAUCGCACCAAAUAUGUUAAUGUUUCUUUUUGUUGGCAGCAUACGCGUCGACUCCAGGUGAGACGUGAAAACUCGGUCCAGGAGAAGUUUGUAAGUUGCACUACUAAGACGAGCACUGACGACGAUGAGCUACAACUACUAGUAGUACGCAAGAAUUCCUGUUGAACAGUCUUGUAUCUUCAUGAAACGCAACGCAUUGCGAUCUUUCAAGUGCAUCGCGGUUGCGAGUGUCGGUAAAAAAUGAGAAACUUGCUCUUGUGACGCCGAUGAAAUGAAACAGAACAAGGAUCACCCAAAAUCAAAAAAUCUCAGCCGAAGGCAAAUAAUCUUCAACUAGCCAUGAUCCUCAAAUGUAAGUAGUCUCUUCGAGGCUCGCUUUAUGUACUAUUCGGAUUCAUGUAUAUAAAAAUGAAUUUGUAUUGCUGCAGCUCGGUCCGUCUUGAUGGCGAUGGUGGCGCUUGCACGCAAAAUGUCGGUGAUGAAUCGUCCUACUUAUUAGAAUCCACGAACAAAAUGUCUAUACAGUUUGAACAGUGCAGAAGCUUCUAUCAUACCUACUCCUGCUACUGUAUUUUAUUAUUUUGUGCAUCAAGUAAACUCGAACUCAUCGCAACAAAACCUGACAACUUUCCCAAAAAUUAAUCGUGACGGCGCGGCCAAGGAGCAACGUUCUAAUAUUUGUCAUUCUUAACCUUAGCGCGCAUCUUUAUUUUCUGACGCUUAGAGGUAGUACAAAGAUCCUCAUCCUUUUUAUUUCGUCCUCCGUAGCCAGCAUUAUUUUUAUCCAAGGAGGUCCUGCUGGGUUUUUACCCGUAGAAACUGCAGCAAGUAGAGGAACUUACCACCACUACAGCCAGCUACGGCAGCAAGAGCGACAAACCGCACACGACUACAACUAGACUUCACGAAACCAGAUUUGUUAUUUCCAACCUGACAUCAGUUUAUUUAUUGCUGCAGAGAUCGCAUAUAUCAUUCUGUUUACAAAGAUGAUUAUAAAGAACUACACUCCAAGCCGCUGGUCUCCAGGGCUGGUUGCCCGCACUAUGUUCGUCGUCGCGUUCGAAGUUCCGAUUGUCUUAGGCGUUCUUUUUUCGCGUGUGGCGGCCCUCUCGGUCUCGAGUGCCGGAGCGGCGUCGAAGUCGAACCAUGUUGGGGUGCUGCAGAUAAAGAACGUGUACUUCUACAAGACGAAGCUGACAGAGUACGAGGAGAGCGCGCAGCUAAUCGAAAAACUCACGGCCCGCGACAUGUAUCCACAGUAAAUUUUCCGUACACGUACAACUAAAAAUGCACUUUCUACAUGACAAAAAGCGUCACAAGCGGCAUGCUCCAAGGUGGCGAGAAGUGUGAUGAAUUUUUUACAUGUGCGGGAUUAAAUUUCAUGUGGAUAACAUGGCGCUCCAUCUUUCGCCGCUCCGAUACCGCACCGGCAUUCAGCAGAAAAAAGACGGUCUCGGAAAGUCGCAAAGCGAAAAGUGGUAUGCUUCUCGCGCAAAUGGUUGCUAUCGUUACACUAUGCAUUGCAAAAGUAUCGCACUAGUAUCCAUUGCAUCGCGAGUUUUCAUUUUCUCGAGAACAAAGAAAAGCAAGGGCAACUUGUCAUGUUAGUUCAGGUAGACAGUCGGGCUUGUCGUGCAUGAUUGCAAUUACUACGAGUAGUGCGAUCCUUUUGGAGUGCAUAUACAUCUGGAAAGCGCAAACCGUUACAGUGCUGCCCGCUGUCGAGGCGCGAGGUUCUACGCUACCCAGUGUGGUCACGCUGUGGUUUCUCGUGGAACUAUUAAUGGAUGGGCACCACUACGACCACAUCACCGGCAGUGCGGAAAGACGCUGGAAACUGGCACUACCCCAGGCACUCACAAAAGUCCUUGAAGCGCACCACCAGCAGCCCCAGCCGCUGGAGACUCUUGCGGCUGCAAUUCACGAAGGCAGUGCUGGGUUUACUCUGUUUGACGGGCAGCAGCUGCGCCAGCUAAGAGAGCAACCGAUGAGAAGUGCUGGCAGGCGUCGAGGAAACGAACAACCUGUAGCGAGAUGGCAACGCCAGGAGCCGGUAAUCCAGGAAGAGCAGGAGGUGCAGAUUUUGAACCGGCACUUGGCCAUUUUUGAGGCGGACCGCGCGUUUCAAGAAGCUGUGUUGGGACCAGAAGGAACAAGUGUCGGCCGCUCGGGCAAAAUACCCCUUCACAAGCGCAUCACUUUCAUCAGUGGCCCUCCUGGAAGCGGCAAAAGUGUACAGCUGCUUGCGCUUCUGACCAAGAUCGAGGCAGAAGUACCGGAGGCCGUGGGCAAGGGCCAGGUAGUCCUGCAGUACCACACCCAAAGCGAGCGGCUACGGCAGGACAUUGAGACUCGGCUGCAGAAGCACUACGCUGUAGUGCCCGAAUCUUUCUCGGGCUCGGACAACUCGUCUGACGGCGAGCAGAAAGCAGAUGGAACAACUUCGAAUGAGGCUAUGCUAGUAAAACCGCUCCAAGGACACGGAAUCUCUGUACAACCUGGGCCACUUAAAUUGUCGGCACUGUCACCGUAUGCGCUGCAAAUAUGUCUGAGGCUGGAAGGAUGCGAACUUGUGGCGCGCGUUUCACAGCACACACAAUUCUCCCAUGCAUUGGCAGGAAAAGAUGUCCGCUGCCACUUCCUGUCUGUCGCUGUCCUCACCAAAAUGGGGGUGAUUUGCCAUGCCGAUUAGGCGUUGCGGAAGCUUCUCGAAAUGUGUGACGCUAGGGCUUCCAUGACAGUCCUUCUAUGUCAAGUAAAAACAGCUUGACACUCUUCCAGACCCAGACAUAUACUUAUUUGCAAUGCAUAAAACGAAGCAGGAGGAGGGACUACUUGACGCGGUGGAGAAACAGCCUCUCCACGAUUACCAGGGCGCGGAGGAGUACAGGAAUAGUUGGGGCAGCCGCGGCCUUAUGCAUUGCAAAUGUGUCUGGGUGGAGCUGGAAGGUUGCAACUUGCCAUGCGAGAUCUCGAUCACAAAAAAAUCUGUGUUGCAUGAACGCCACAAGCUACUCACUUCUUGUUAGGCAAAAGUCGGCUUUUUUAUGCGGCAUAGGCAUGAGGAAGGUCUCGCAAAGUCUGUGAUGCUUUUGAUGUGUGCAUUCCCGAUCAUCAUCAUGCAUGUGGACGUGGUCCGCGAGAUGCAUGACAAGUCUUGCAUUCUUGUUCGAGACCCGCCAGACGCAUUUGCACUUGAUGGGCCUUCUAGAUUUGUAUCAGAUGACUGCCGCCAUCUGUUUUGACCUAGACCUCUUCGCACAAGAGGAAGACGGAGGCCUGCGCGGCCCUCGGAAAAAGUGCAAGAAACGCAUCAAGAGUAGCUUCUCUCGGAAGGUCAACAACAUGGCUGCGCAUCUCGGUGACAACUUCGCCUCGCAUCUGGCGGGCGCGUUUCUGGCAUUUUCCUUUUGGCGCAAUUCCGCCCAGAAAACUGCGCCGGGCCCGUUGACACGGUGGUCGAAAGCCUACGAAGGAGACAGCUCCUUUGCGACGAACCUCAGAAGGAUCUUGAAGGGUGCGCAGAUGGCUUACAUCGCGAUCGACGAAGCCCAGAAUCUCUCGCCAAUGGCCUUGGCGCGCUACCUCGACUUUGCCCGGCGACACCCUACACUCCGCCUGGUUUUCGCGUUUGACCAGAAUCAGCAGCUUUUGGGCGGUUUGAACGACAAGCGCCUGUUUGUGAGCGAAAUGGUGAAGCGCGACCUUUAUUCAAGAAAUAAAGAAACAGGAAGCGACUCUGCUUCGCAACGUGUAAUCUGGGAGACCCAGCUUCCGGGGGUCUGGCGCUCUCCGUCACGCCUCGUGCCGGUUCUCCAGGUAAUUGCCACCAUGCGCAAACGCUUAACGAGCCCGCGUACUGGUGGCGCGGGUCCAGACCAGAAGUUUCGUAGCGCCUACGAAGGGCGCGAGGACGUAGAGGGUAGUACGAACAGCGACGGCCCCGUGAUCGUGGCGCUUGAGUUGAACAAGGGCCAGACUAGUUUUGCCGAUAUCAAGAAACAAUUUGAAGAUGGCCCGCAGCCAUCGGAAGGUGAAAGCGGUGCCAGGCGUCGUGCUGGGGGUACAGGGGUGUUGCGAAAUGCGCAACGCACGAAGGGGAUGACUGUGCGCAAGGGAAGUCGGAUUUUGAAACACAAAAAGAAGGCAGGCGGCGCCCGCGUGAGUCAACGGCGUAGGGUAACAGUGAGGAGGGAACGGAAGCGGACCGUUUUCGGGCGCGCGGCAUCUUCAGACGAGGGAGAACCUGCGUCUGCGAACAUCAGCAGCACUAACGCUAAGGUCGACACCCUCGACAGCAUGCCCUGGAUCUACCUCGAUGAAGACGGGGCGAAAAAUUGGGACAGCGAUGCGACCAGCCUUUCGGCCCUGCAGGCACAAGGCCAAGAGUGGCCCGUCGUUGUUGUCGCGGACCCACAUGAAAUCCUGAGUAGUCGCAAUGACGGCCCGGCCGCGGUGCGCGAGCGUGCCGACGGGCUCGCCAAGCUGUUUGUCGCACUUUCACGGGCGACAGAGCGCGUUCUCAUAUUGACGAAAAAUGCGGCCCGCCUUCAGCAGGCUCUGGCACUGGCUCUCUCCGUGGGGACGCAAGACUUCGCGGUAGCGAGAAGCGCUGCGCAGCUCAGAGAGAUUCUGAAGAAAACCCGGCGCAGCGCCCGCACGUGGGUAAGCUCCUUCGCCGAGUAUUUGGCUAACGAGCAAACGCAGGAACAGGCGAAAGCCAGCUUUGUGAAGCACCUGCUCGACGGCGAAGGCGGCGCCGCAGGGGAGCGCCCCGCGCACUGGAGCAAGAAGUUCCGCGCGUUUGGCGACAGGUCUCUUGACUGCAUUGUCGCGAGGAUGCUGCGGGACAAAGCCUCCUGGCAUUUCGCGGAAAGCCCGCAGGAUGCCGCGUGGAAGGUGUUUCGCGAUUUAGUAGCCGAGCAGGACGAAGCAAAGCGCAUAGAAGACGAAUCCUGGUCCUGGGUUGCGGAAGCCGGGGAGGCGGCAAGCUUUAUCGGGUUGCAGCGUGAUGAGACUUUCAAGCAGAGCAACCUGGCGAGCGAGGAGCCUGUUGGCGAAGGUGAUGGUGGCCGACCUGGCCCUGCAUCCGGGCCACCUGGCGGGCAAGGUCCUGACGGCGGAAACGCGGGCGACGAGGCGGCUGCGGCUCGUGAAACGGCGCCUGUCGAAUUCAGUGAAGGGCAAAUAGUCACUAUUCAUGGGCUCUUAUCAAAACCGGAGUUCAAUGGCAGACUAGGGCAAUUGGGCCUCUUCUCCACCUUAAAAGACCGCUGGCAGGUACGCCUAACCUCUGCUGCUGGAGGGCAGGAGCCGCCCAUACUACUAAAGCCCGAUAACAUAAGCGCGGUGUCUGUUUAUAUCGAUCCCGAAAUUCCAGCGGCGCACACGCACUGCAAAUGGGUGCGUGAGUUUUUCGCUCAGACGCUCGAACUUCAGAAAACUUGGAGUGCGGGCGCGAACUUGCUACAGGCGAAAAACAUCGGGCCCAUCCUCGAAAUCCUCCAGAAGGUUUUCGAAAGCCGUCUAAUGGCGUACAAGGCUGAUGGCUACACUUCGAUAAACUAUCCGACGCCGCUUUUGCAUCCAGCGAGAAAAUGCUUCCCCCGGCUGGAACCCAAAUCGAAAGAAAUUCAGAAGGCGCUGCUGUUGAGCAAGCAAGCGAGGACAAAAGCACAGGAGCAGGGGAGCGGACAGCUCGGAGUUCAGUUUCGCGGUCCUAGCGUCGAAGAUAGCAUUAGGUUCUUAGAACUUCUAAGAAAAGAGAUGGAAGAAAAGCCUCAGGAAUUGAGGAAAGAGCAAAAAGACAAGUACGGCGAGGGGCGGGAGGACGCAGAUGAAAUAGACACCGGGCUACGGGAUUUCUUCCAUAAAGAAUUUCAGCGGCUUCGCGAGAUCGCGAUUUUGGAGAUGGUGCACCUGAACGACCUAUCCUGUGCAAAAGAAAAUGAAAAAGUAUCGUACUCGUAUAAAUGCAAGUCUUGCAUUACAAAUUAAUAAAUUCUUUUCUUGAGGUAAAUCCGCAUUACAAAUUCUAUUUCUCCUCGGGCACAGCCAGCAUCUGUCCAAAACAGCCGAGGGCCAGGAUGACACCCUGAGGACGACCACAGGGGGUCUGUCUCAACGACGACGACGAUGACGAUGCUGGGAAAAUUUGUAGUGCCUUUAUACGACGAGUACAAUACUGGAAUACUUUUACUUUUGCAGUGCAUACGACCCUCGUCAAUCCGAAGCCUACCCACCGGAGGCCUCGGAGCCAAUACAAGCUGUCCGCCUCUCCGGCCUUCAAGGUUCUCCGGAGCUGGAUGGGAAGAUAGGGCUCUUGCGGAGCUUCAAUGCAAAAAGAGGGCAGUGGGUGGUGGAAAUGAUUUCCGAAGGCGGUCAAAAAGUCGAAGCAUUUUUCAGGCCAGAGAAUAUUGAAAUAAUCACCGACAGCACAAAUUUCCGAGAGGUCGAACAGGCAACGGAAGAGCCCGAGCAGCCAGCGCAAAAGGCCAAACAGGCAGGCCGGCGAGGGGCAGCACAACAGGAAAGGCCGGCGGUGGCCGAUCGCUCGGUGCCGAAAGAACGCGAGGACGGCAAAUGCCGAGCUCAAGGUAAAGCUAAAGGGAAGAGGGGGCCGCGCUCCCGCAACGGAGAGCGACCACCCCCUGCCGCAACGGAGAGCUCCCGCAACGGAGAGCUCCCGCAACGGAGAGUUUGCAAGGACGGGCCGAAGUUAAAGGGAUCCUUGGGUACGAUACAGGAGCGCGGAUGUGCAGUAACGAUAAAUCUAGGUGGGGCACCGGUAACGGGCCGAAAAGCUCUCCUGAUGCUCGGAUUUGACGUUUAGGUUUGUGACCCCACUGCUCAAAUAAUUACUUAUAUUCUCACUAUAUAUAAUACCCCCAAAUAAUUACUAUGUACCCUCGUCGAAGAACUAAAAGCAAAAGGAAAAGAAUUAAAAUAAAAAGGCAAAAAAAAGUUCUUCCUCAUCACAGCACCGCUUUUGUACGAGCAAAGGAAAAUACCUUGUAAAUUUUCGCCAGCCUUUUUGCGACACUUUUAACAGUAGCAAGAGCUUCUUACUGUCUCCAGCAAACAUUUAUGUUUAUGAGCAAGCAACUUAUAAUUUAAGCGUAACUUUCAAACUCAAAGUUUGCCGGAAGAUAGCCGGCUUCUCAAUGCUGUCGCUUUCAUUUUUUUUCCAGGUCUAAGCCAAGGACGGUGUAGCCAAUUGGUAUUUUUCUUGAACUAGCUCUGAGAGGAAGGCGAGCCCUUGCCCUUCAACCGGAUUUUACAACGAUUAACUUUCAAGGCUUCCCAAGUUUCCAGUUUUGUUGUCUGUUGAAAAUAAAGGCCGCUCUCUUGAUGCGAAACGCAAAAAAUCCAUUUUACGGCCGUCCCUGGAGUUGCGAGUGCGUAGCUUCAGUUUCGAGCCCGACCUGGAGGGCAGAUAGGCGCCCUUCGGUGGAUCAUUGAUUGUCAUUCAAAGUUUCUUGUAUGCGACGAGGAUGGAAGGCCACGGCAUAGAUACCGUGGAGACGCGUGGCACUAGAAUAAAUAUGCAUGUCCCGACGACAGCAGAUGCUGAAGAUGCGCAGCCGCAGGGGUAGUAGAUAAAUAAUAUGUGGCUUUCCAUAAAAGUCCGAAGUGAGGGUCAAAAAAGUACCACUUAAAAAAAACGCAGGCGCUGUGGUACAAGGUGCACUCCUUGUAGAUCAUGUAGUCCAGUGCCCUCCUUGUAGAUUUAGUCUUCGUAAACUGCACUGCUGUGCGGGAAAGUCUGCAUGUCCUAAAACUUAAAAUGUAAACAGCAUGGGUUUAGGGUUUUUACAUAAAAAGUAGUGGCGUCCGUAGAAGAAAUUUACAGAUCGUGAUCUUGAUCUUGUAGAAGCUGGUAUAUAAUUCGAGGCUUACUUAGGGAAAAGGCGUGUUCUCACGUCGGAGAGGCGACCACAGUGCUCUUUCCUAGUCGUGUGCCAGGUUGCGAGCCCGCGCUUGUCUAUCGAGGGUUAGAGUAACAGGCGCCGCCAAUCGCCACCUAAUUCCGUCCGUCCAUUGUCAUUCAAAGUGGUCAAAGUCAAAAAAUAUUUUAUUAUUUAUGCUGAUGCUCUAGCUCUAUUCAAACUUUAACUUCCCUUUGGGAUUUUACUUUUGAAUCAAGGUCGAAGUCGAAUAAUUUGAACAUACUUGCUACAUGCAAUUUUACAAGCUGACGCAAAUUUUGUGUAUGUUCGAACUCUCCGUGUGUUUAGUUUAGCAUCGGCCCGUGCGUAGCGUAGCGUAGCAAGCUAGCACGCAUCUGUGCAUCUGAACGCCAAUCAUUAUUCUUUAUCUUUACUCAUUAUAUUCUUGCGGUCUAUAAUCUACAGUUAAAGUUAUUGCCCCACCCCUCGAGCAGGUCGAGGCCGAGGGCAACACCCUCGUCGAGGAACGUUGCUGCUAAAGGUGCAACAUUGCAAAAAGAUUUUCUGAGUCUGAGUCUGAACUUUGAAAGUGCUCCCCCAUAGAAGACGAUAAAAGGCCAGUUAUACGGCUUUUAACUCGAAAGCCAAAGCUGAGCAGUCUGAGCUAGAACUUCCCCCAUAGAAGACGAAAAGUUCUUGGCAAGGUUUUAGUCCAAUCAACUAGAACUUCUAUGAUUGAGACAUGAGAAAUCAAAUGAAAAAAGAUAAGGAAGCGUAU